AUGUUGUCAUCAAUUGUUAAUGAUAUUGCUUGUAUUGAAAGAGCAAAUAAUAAAAUCGAUGCAUAUGUUGAAUAUUCAAUUGUUCGUAUGACACAAGACAAUAAAGACCUGUCAAUCAUUACCAAAGACUUACGAGAAGAAAACUUAUAUUAGCUCCCCCCACUCAAAAAAAGUCAAUUUUCGUCAAAAAUUUCGAAAUUGAGAUAAAUGCAUGGGAAAAUAGCCCGUCCUCAGAUAUUCCAAAAACGACAUUGAUUUUUCUUUAGCAUCUCUUUUUUGGCCAAGAUUUUCGAUGAUUUUCAUUGACCUCUUCUUGAAAAAUAUGCUUAUUUUAAAAAAAACGAAAAAUGUUUUUCGUUUUUUCUCGAUUUAUGAUUUUUUGAUUUUGGGACAAGGAAUUCUCAGCCUCGGCUCGGGCAAUAUAUUUAAAUUUUUUUUUGUUUGAAAGAGUGUGUCGAGAUGCAGGUCACCACAGAGUCUUUUUUUUAAUUAAGCUUUGUUUUUUAUUAUAUAUACAGACACUUAUGUGACUGGACACCCAUUUUUGGCGCGUUUUUUGAGUCAUUGGACUUGUGAUCUCCUUUCUCCGCUAAAAAAGUAAGAAUCAUAAAAAAAGGACUCUGUGGUGCCCUGCAUCCUGACAUGCUCUUUCUAACAAAAAAAAAUUUAAAUAUGUUGGACAGAUUCGGACUGAGAAAUCCUUGUACCAAAAUGACUUAUUUUUGACUCUUGUUUGGUAAACAUCUCAGUCAAACAUUGUGAUAUCAUGCUGAAACUUUUGCCACAGCCUCCCCACAUCAGUCCCAACAUAUGCUUCAAAUUUCAGCCCAUUUGAACCUACCGGGACUGAGAUGGAUUUUUGAGUGGGGG